AUGAGUAGUAUGGAGAACUCAAAUGAAACCUCCAUGAACAGGUUCUUCCUUCUUGGCCUCACCAAUAUCCCCUACCUGCGGGCUUUAUGUGUUCUAAUGUUCCUGAUCAUUUAUAUCAUUACAUUGUCUGCAAACCUUUUACUUAUCCUUGUGGUGAAAAUCAAUGCAAAGCUUCAAACCCCAAUGUACUUUUUCCUGAGCAACCUCUCCACCAUUGAUAUCUUCUUCUCUUCCACCAUAGUCCCCAAAAUCAUGGCAGUCACCUUGUCUCAGGAUAAAAGUAUUUCCCUAAUGGAUUGUGCAACCCAGAUGUUCUUCUGUUUAGGUUUAGGGGCGACUGAGUGUCUCAUUCUGGCUGUUAUGGCCUACGACAGAUAUGCGGCUAUCAAUAAACCAUUACACUAUACCACAAUAAUGAAUAAGAGAUUUUGCAUAGGUAUGGCUGCUGGAUGCUGGCUGAUUAGCUUUAUAAACUCUGCCAUUCAUGUUUAUCUCACAUUUCAGUUGCCUUUUUGCAGAUCCCGCCAGAUCAACCAUUUCUUCUGUGAGAUGCCUCCUUUCUUUUUGCUGUCUUGUCAGGAUCCGUAUCUCAAUGAGGUAGUUAUGUACAUCUCAGCUGCUAUAAUAGGUGUGUGUUCAUUUAUUUUGACUCUCGUUUCAUAUGUUCAUAUCAUUUCCACUAUACUUAAGAUUCGUUCCACUGCUGGAAGGUAUAAAGCUUUCUCCACGUGUGCGUCACAUCUAGCGGUGGUCUCUAUAUACUAUGGCACCAUCCUAUUAAUGUAUAUGCGGCCUCACUCGGCCUAUUCCCCAGAAGUGGAUAAGACAGUGUCCAUUAUUUACACGGUUUUGACACCGAUGCUGAAUCCUAUUAUCUACAGUAUAAGAAAUAAACACGUUAAAAACACAGUUAGAAAAAAAAUGAAUGAACUUGUACCUGGAUUUAUGAAAAUAAUUUUUUGGAAUCAUAGCGACUAA